AUGCUGAACGUUCAUCACGGCCAUAUUGUCGUUCAUGUCGUCUCUGACCUUGGCCACCUCAUCCUUGGCGGCGUCUCUCUCAUUGAUGGCCUGAUCCCUCUGUGCCUGGACCUCAUUGUAAAGCCUGGUGAACUUAGCAAAACCGCGGUCCAACUCCUCGUUGGUCUUGAAAGCCUGCGCAACGGCCGUAUCCCUCUCCUUCUGCACUUCGGCGUACUUGCGGGUGAAGUUGGCUUUGCUGGUCUCAAGUUUCUUCUCCAAGCUAGCGACCUCGGCGAGGGCCGCAUUCCUCUCCUUCUGUACUUCGGCGUACUUGCGGGUGAAGUUGGAUUUGCUGGUCUCGAGCCUCUUCUCCAAGCUGGCGACCUCGGCGAGAGCCGCGUCUCUCUCCUUCUUCAGCUGGGCAAUCUUCUGGUUGAGGAUGCCGGUAUUGGAGGUCUUGAGCGCCUCUCUGGCCUCAUCUCUCUCCUUGCACACCUCGUCGUACCGCUUGAUAGCACCGGCGCGUCCAUUCUGGUACGCCUUCUCGCUCUGGGCGACCUUCUCGAGUGCGGCCUCCUUUUCCUUCUUCAAGGUGUCCCUCUCCUUCGCCACCUCGUUAUACUUCCUGGUGAAGUUGGCACGUCCGGUCUGGAGAGCCUUGUCGCUCUCAGCGGCCUUCUGGAGCGCAGCGUCCUUCUCGCCUCUCACCUUGACCAAUUGACCCUUCAACCGAGCCACUUCACUCUUGCAGGUGGUCGAAGCGGUCUCUUUACGGACCUCGAAGGCCUCAAGCUUGGUUCUGAAGACCUCGAGCUCCUGUCAAGCCAACGAUUAGUAACUUUGUGUGAAUUGAGGAGAAAAUUUCCGACGAGUCGUGUCAAUAUACCAUGUUCAAAAGCGCGCUGCGCCGGAGCUCCACAUCAAGGCUAG